UGGAAUGAUGUGGAAGUUGAUCCAGCUCAGUUCUCUGCUCCUCGGGUCUCUCGCGUCCCCGACUCCGGCCUCGACCCGCGAGGACGGAACCUGUCGCAUCCACAACUCGGGCCGCUCGGCAGACUGCGUGGGGAGGCAGCUCACCGCCGUGCCCCGGCUUCCCUCCACCCUCGAGUACGUGGAUCUCUCCUACAAUAAUCUUCAAGCUGUCCACGCUGACGACUUCCUCCGGCUGCCUCUGCUGCGCAUCCUGCAGCUGCAGUUCAACAACAUUUCACACAUCCACACGGAUGCCUUUAAACACAACCCACUGCUGGAGAGUCUUAACGUCUUCAACAACUCGCUGGAGGAAAUCCCUGCCGGCGCUCUGACGCCUCUGUCCGACCUGAAACAGCUGGACAUGUCCAAUAACCUGUACAAACACGCCACUCUGGCUGAGAGCUUCUCCAAAUUGGUGAAACUCCAGGUUCUGUCGAUGGGGGGGCCCCUGGUGAUGGGACUGAAGAAAGCAGAUUUUUUGCCGCUGAAGAACAUCAGGCUACAAAGUUUUGCAAUCAAGUGUUCCUCCAACCUGAGCUACUACGAGCCCGGGAGUCUGGAGGUCAUCCGGACGAAGCAGAUGGGUUUCGAUAUGGCCUUAGAUCAGCGGCCGGGCGCUCUCGUUCACAUGCUGCACGACAUCACCAACAACAACUUCAGCGUCAUCCAGUUCCGCAACCUCUUCGAGUACAUGUACUACACGGGGGAGGAGGACAUCUUCCAGGGUUUGAAAGACAUUAAUGCGCUUCAGCUAAUCAUCCACAGGGGGAAAUUCAACGAGCAUCUCCUGAGGAUGGCUCUGAUGAACCUACAAAUCGGCCUGAUCAGAAGAUUGAGGGUUCAGUACAUCGACUUCGCCCGUUCACCCACAUUCAGUGACACCGGAGCAAGUUCCAGGAUCACAAACCUGACGAUUGACAGGUUGGAUCUUUGGUAUAUCAGUAAUCCUGAUGUGCUGCGGUUUGACUGGCGCUUCACCUGGUUCAACAAGAUCAAGCAACUUUCUAUUCGGUACGUUUACUUCAACUACGUGCCCUGCGACUCCUGGGUGGAGAUGGAGGGUGUGGAGUUACUGGACAUCUCCUACUGUCGACUGCAGAGUGGCUACAUCUUCAACCAGCGCUGUGAAAACAAGGGCACCAUGCCAAACCUCCACACCUUCAACGCGAGCAGCAACGAGCUGACGAGCUUGAGGGACCUGUCGGUGCUAACCAGCGACUUCCGGCAGCUGAAGGUGUUGGACGUCAGCAACAACAAACUGGGAUCUGCUGAAGAAAGUCGCGACUGCGUUUGGACAAACAUCACUCGUCUCAUUGCCCACCACAACCAGUUUGUCACUGAGGCCCUCCUCUGUCUGCCCACCACGGUGCAGUACCUGGACCUGUCCCACUGCGACCUGGACCAGCUGGACACGACGUUCUUUGAGAGAGCUACCGACCUGAGAGAGCUCCUGCUGAGUGGGAACAAAAUCAAGUUCAUCCCAUCGAAGUGGACAAGUCCGCACCUGCAGUUUCUAGCCUUGGACGGGAAUUCGUUCGGCCUCAUCAGCAAGGCGUCUUUCCAGGGCAUGCCUGAGCUGUCUGGCUUGAGGGCGGGAAACAACCCGUACCACUGCACCUGUGAGCUUCACGCUUUCGUCCAGGAGACGAUAUCACAGGGAACGGUCAACCUCACCGACUGGCCGUGGAACUACAGGUGCUACCACCCGGAGGCCUUCCUCAACACGUUUGUAUCCCAAUACUUACCAAGUCGAGUGGCCUGCGACAUGAAACUCGUCAUCCUCAUCUCUGUGGCCACCACUGCAGCGGUGAUCCUGAUAUUGAUGCUGAUCUGCUACAUCUUCGACCUUCCCUGGUACACGAAAGCCACCUAUCAGAUCAUCCGAGCCAAAUACAGAGCGCACAAGGAAAAAGCAGCCGGGGAAAUGGGCACUUUUACGUAUCACGCCUUCAUUUCCUACAGCCACGCUGAUGCAGACUGGGUGAGGGACCAGCUGUUGCCCUGUUUGGAGAACAAUAGAAACCCGUAUCGUCUGUGCAUCCAUGAGAGGGACUUCAUGCCGGGAAGGUGGAUCAUCGACAACAUCAUUGAGAACAUUGAAAACAGUCGAAAGUCGAUAUUCGUCCUCUCCCGACACUUUGUGAACAGCGACUGGUGCAACUACGAGCUGUACUUCGCCCAGCAGAGGGCCAUGGGAAAGACCUUUAGUGAUGUCAUCCUGGUGGUUAAGGAGCCCAUCGAUCCCAGCUCGCUGCCCAGUAAGUACUGCAGGCUGAAGAAGAUGCUGAGCACCAAGACGUACCUGGAGUGGCCCCAGCAGGUCAGCCAGCAGCCGUUCUUCUGGGAGCAGCUGAGGAGCGUCCUGGGAAAGCCGACAAUGACCGGAGACGGGGGCCAGAGCGUCCAGAGCAGAACUUCAUCUGUUUCAGUGAUCAGAUGCCCUCAAGAGGACAGCGGGGCAAAGGUAGUGAAGUGUAAUCAAGAAGAUAUCAACUUCAUGGAAAGGAAUAAUAACAAGCUGUCAAAUCCCCGAACACAAAUACCGCUAGUGGCAUACGUAAUCGCUGCAAAUGGCGUUCCAGUGAAGAGCCGGGUGACGAGCACCAGAGAGUCUCUGACGCAGCUCGCAGUUAAACCUUGUAUCCUGUGUUCUUCACCUUAUAUUGCAGCGCAGGCGGCCGUGCAGCAGCAGGAGUCCUCCAGAGGGGGGCGUCACUCCGGCCGACCUGCACACAGGACUGAAACAAUGAGUGGCCACCUGCAGGAGGCGAUGACGAGCCUGAUCGGAGUGUUCCACUCGUACUCGGGACAAGAAGGCGACAAGUACAAGCUGAAUAAACGAGAACUGAAGUGCCUGUUGAAGCAGGAACUCUCAGAUCUCCUGUCGGCCAGCAAGGACCCGAUGGUGGUGGAGAGGAUUAUGAGUGAGCUGGAUGAAAACCAGGACGGGGAAGUGGACUUCCAGGAGUUUGUGGUUCUGGUCGCGGCUCUGACCGUCGCCUGCAACGACUUCUUCAUCGACUGUGAGAAGAGCGGCCUCGAAGGCUCCAAGAAGAAGUGACUUCAUUUCAGAUGAAGUCAAUAAACCUGUCUUCAGACAAAUCAUAAGCUCUAACAAUGUGUUCACAGAACCUUGGUAAGAUGCAUCACUGUUAAUCAACUAUUCUGAAAUAAUAAAAGAUUUCAUCC